GCGAGGUGCGGCCGCACUUUGUGCGAUGUGGUGGUUGCGCGCGCGCUCCCCCGGCCGCUGUUGGGGCUGCGUUUCCGCGUCGCGCGAACACAGCCGGUGACAACGCUCAGCUCGGCCCCCGGGUGGAAGAUGCAGCGAGUUCCUGAAGACGUGAAGGGCUUCAUUGCAGACACUGAAAUAUUUAUACUUGAAAUAUUAAAAGAAGAAAACCUGACUAAGAGGACAAAAGAAAAGAAAGAUGCACUAUUGAGAAAACUUAAGGUUAUUAAAACAAGCUAUCCUCAGGAGUUCCAGGCAAAAGGAGGAUCGGAUGAUUCUGACAGCUGUGAAGAACCUUUGGAAGAUAGUAUUUCACUAGCAUCUGAACGUUAUGAUAAUCAUGAAGAAUCUGCAGGUGACGUUCAACGAUCUGCUCCGAUACCUGCCCAGGAACUAAAUCAAGUUCUGAAAGCUGGAUAUUUGGAAAAACGCAGAAAAGAUCACAGCUUCUUUGGAUCUGAAUGGCAAAAACGUUGGUGUGUACUGAACAACAAUGUCUUCUAUUACUAUGGAACAGAAAAAGAUAAACAGCAAAAAGGUGAUUUUGUCAUAGAUGGCUACACAGUCCAGCUGACAACUACCAUCAGAAAAGACACAAAGAAGGAUUGCUGUUUUGAACUCUCUGCUCCUAAUAAACGACUAUAUCAGUUUGCUGCAGCUUCUUCAAAUGAGGCAGAAGAAUGGGUUGAGCAGCUUCAAUUUGUAUUAAAAGACAGAGAAUCUGGUAUGAUCCCAGAAGAUGAUGAAGAAAUGUAUGAUGAUAUUGAUCCAGAAAUUAAAGAUGAUAAUUCCAACCAAGUGCCAAUAGAUGAAGACAUUUAUGAAGAGCUUCCAGAAGAGAAUGAUUUCCAACAACGUCCAUCACUAUUUGAUGAAACUGAAAAGAAGCAGCAACAGAAUGGUGGAAGUAGAGCAGCUAUUAAAGAAAAAGACAAAGCCACUGACUACGCCAAUUACUACCAAGGAUUGUGGGAUUGCUCAGGAGAUCAGUCCGAUGAACUGUCUUUUAAACGUGGUGAUGUCAUUUAUAUUCUUAACAAGGAAUAUAAUUCACAUGGGUGGUGGAUAGGACAAAUGAAGGAAAAUAUUGGCUUGGUGCCCAAAGACUACCUAAUGGAGAUGUACGACAUUUGAGAAGGUCUGGGCCGCCAUCUACCUACAGUGAUGUUCUAUUAUACAUGAAGGGAUUUUAAAACUGGAUUGAAGGCCCUGCAAAGCUUGUGUGUCCUCAGCCAGGAGAGGGAGUUCUCACCCACUAUUAUGGCACUAGCUGUUUCCCAAUUUAUUUUAUCACAAAGAUAACAUCAUCUUAUUAACAAUAUAAUCUAUCCUCUUGCCACAGAUGUGAAAAUCAAGAAGCAGCUAAGUGCUUAAUUAAAUUAUUUCCUCAUUAUUGUAAUUAUCUUUCAUCAUUUCAUUGAUGUAUUAUUUCUAUUUUUCUGUGCUUGUGCAUCACUAUGAACUCUAGCUGCUUGAGACUUCACACUGGCUUUGUGUAACAUCUUUACUGAAUAUUUAGCCAGUAUAUUUUCAUUGCUUCCAAGCCUUGCUAUUACAAGUUAAUUAAUUGUAAACAAACUCAAAAUGGAAAGUGAGGGUGAUAUUCCUUUGCUCCCUCUCUUGUCCCGUGUGUGCCUUCAAGUAACUGUAAGCACUGUUUUCUGUCUUGUCUGUUUCACUUUAUUGAAUCUUGUUCUAAUGUUCCAGUCUGCAAAUUUUAAGGUUCAAAUAAAGUUUAAUUGUGUGCAAA